UGUGGUGUCCAUUGCCUUAGAAUGUUUCCACAGAUGCAGAAGGCUUUGAGCUCUUCUCUCUGCUAUUUGCAUCCAACUCCUACUCCUGUUGUGUUACCUGCUCUGCUCACAACAUUCUCUUUGAUGUUGCCUGAUGCUUUCAUGUGAGCUCUUGAUUCAAGUUCUUUCCACAUGCGAUUUCUCUGCCUUCAGUGUUUUUUUUCAAAGAUAUCUGCACGGUUCAUAUAUUUCUUAGUUUUCCAGCUCAGAAGCUCCUAAUCGCACAUGAUACAAAGGCAGGUUUCUCUUCCACUUAGGACAACGUUGUCCUGAAUUAUUUUACCUGUUAGUUGUAACCACCACUUGAAACGUCAUUUAUUACUUUAUUAAUAUUCUAUUCCUCCCUGUGAGACACACACAUCUGAGACUCAGUCUUGUUAAGGUCAAACACACAUCACUACUUUUUGCUAUGCUUUCAACAACACUUGUCACAAUAUAAUUUGUAAAUUUUGUUGGGUCAAAAAAAAAGGUCUCAGGAAAUUUAUGGAGAAGAACAUUGCUUUGAAUAAUUGUUUUGAUUCAGAACAAGAAUUGCAAACAGUUUCAGACUCAUGGAAAACAUGGAACAUUCAGAUUCUCUGAAAUUUUCUGGUACCUAUUCAAGAAUGGUAGGGAAUGUAUAAUGAUUAAUGAGUGAAGUAUGUUGAAAAACACAGCAUUUCUUUCAAUUCUGUGAUCACUCCCUGUGCCUUUACAAUGCUCUUGUCUCUGUUCCAGCUGUUUUCACCAGACACAUGGAAGGAAGAAAUCAAACCCGUGUGACAGAAUUUAUCCUCUUGGGACUCUCAGAUGAGGGGGAGCUGCAGUCACUGCUCUUUUGGCCAUUCCUGUCUAUGUACCUGGUCACCUUCACUGGGAACCUGCUCAUGAUCCUGGCCAUUAUCACAGACUCCCGCCUCCACACACCCAUGUACUUCUUCCUCUCCAACCUGUGCUUUUCAGACAUCUGUUUCACCUCCACCACCAUUCCAAAGAUGCUGCUGAACAUCCAGAUGCAGAGCAAAGUGAUCUCCUACAAAGGUUGUCUCAGCCAGACGUACUUUUUCAUGCUUUUUGGAGUAUUAGACACCUUCCUCUUGACCGUGAUGGCCUAUGACCGGUUUGUGGCCAUCUGUCACCCACUGCACUACAUGGUCAUCAUGAAUCCCAAGUUCUGUGGCAUCCUGCUCUUGGGAUCCUGGGUAUUGAGUAUUUUUAACUCUCUAUUACUUGACUUACUGAUUUUGCGACUCUCUUUUUGCACAGAUCUGGAAAUCCUUCACUUUUUCUGUGAACUUAAUCAGCUGAUCCAACUUGCUUGCUCUGAUACCUUCCUCAAUGACCUGAUGAUCUAUCUCACAAGUGGAUUUCUGGGUGUUGUUCCACUCACUGGUAUCCUGUUCUCUUACUCUAGAAUUGUCACUUCCAUUUUGAGAAUUUCAUCAGUGAGGGGCAAGUAUAAAGCAUUUUCCACGUGUGGGUCUCACCUCUCAGUGGUCUCUUUGUUCUAUGGUACAAGCCUUGGGGUGUAUCUGAGUUCUGCUGCUGCACAAAACUCCAGGACAAGUGCCAUAGCCUCAGUCAUGUACACAGUGGUGGCACCCAUGCUGAACCCCUUCAUCUAUGGCCUGAAGAACAGAGACAUCAAGCAAGCCCUGGGAAAGCCCUUGAGCAGAGGGAUGUUCUCAGCAUAUAAGAUUCUUUGUUUCAGGAUAAAGACUUGAGUAACAGGGCUCCAAACCCUAGAAAACCUAGAUCAUGAUAUUUGUAUCAGUUCAUAGAUUGACAAACUGCAGUUUAUCUUUUUACAGUAUUUGAUUGAUAGAAGUUUUUCAUACAUUAUGAGCAACUAUUUCUUCUGUCAUUUUUAGUGUUUAUUUAUUUAUUUUGAGAAAGAGAGCAGGAAUGGGUGUGGAGGGACAGAGGGGUUGAAGGAAUAUCCCAAGCCACAUCUAUCCUAUCAGCACAGAGCCUGAAGUGGGGCUCAAUGCCACAAUUUGUAAGAUCUUGACCUGAACCAAAUCAAGAGUUGGACACUUAACUGACUGAGCCACCCACGCACCCCUGCCAUAAAAUAUUUAAUAAAGGAAAUUGGGUGCAUAUUAAAUGACAGGAACAGGCAAAGGAAUGAAGGUAUGCUGUUAUUCCUGCCAGGGGAAGGCAUCUACCCCCUUAGAUUAUCUGCUUUAGGAAAAAGGAAAUUUGUUAUACCCAAGUCAUACCAAGUAUGAAAGUUUAUGUUAACCACUCUAGGAAAAGGUCAUAUCUGGAAGUGGAAUCAACAUGAAAUUAACUCUAUAACAACUCAUAUUUAGUCUCCAAGAUCUAAUUUUCUUUAACACAGUUGAAAACAGAAGUUCAUUGAAGAUAAAAAUAGAAAUCACAACCCAUGAUUCUUCAAUUACUUUGUCACUGAUCUACGUGAUUCCCCUCGGCAGGCAUUACUGGCUUUCUUCUAAUGUUUUGAUAGGUGGGACCAUCCUCAGGAUAUAUUCCUUGUCAGUUCCUACCUUAAUAGUCCUCAUUUAUAGAUCAUAAAAGCAAGGUGGGUAUUCUGUCAGUGGCCAACUUUGUCAUUUCUAAAUAUGCAUCUCAGAAAGUGGGUAUGAAUAACAGAAUAAAUCUGUGGACUUGCCAUGGUCUUUGUGAGACAGAGUAAGUGAACUCCUUCAUUCACCACGCAACCUUUAUGCCACCACUUUGAUUGGGAAGCUGCAAUGGCAUUUUGCUUUAGUGUUAGAGCCAGAAUCCAGUUUUCAAAAAAAAAAAUGAUCUUAGUAUUUU